UCCCGGUUCCAAAUCCAGUUCCAGCAUCCCCACAGAAUAAUAAAUGCCAUUGUUUAUUUGACUUGUUGAGUGCAUGUGCUUGUCCGGUGGCUUCGGGUCCCGAUCGAAGCCCAAAUUACAGAUACAUUGAUUUUAUGGACCUGGAUCGUUACACGUUAAUGUGGCUCACGAUUCCACAUACACACACAGACAUAUAUAAGCCAUAAGUGAUGCGCGAUUGCCAAGAGUAAAAACUGUUAACUGCGCAAACGCAACCGCGUUUUUUGACCCAGAACCAAUCGAAAAACGUAGAAGAAAGCAGCCCCCUUAAUGACGCUGCUCACAUCCUCGCUGCUGCUCUUUUCGCUGCUGACGUCGCGACUCGAAGCAAUUCCGGUUUCAGAGAAAUCCCCCGCUCACCCUUCACCUGGCGUGCGAAUUCUUCGCGCACCCGAAUCUUUGGUGGCGCCCCUCGGAGACGAGGUGGUGCUGGAGUGCGAGACCAGUUUGCAACCAGAGCGCUUCGAGUGGAGCCACCGAUCUAGCAAGUCCCCAGGAGGCGGGUUCAAAUACCUUCGGACAGGCAACUCCAAGGCGAAUGUAUCCCACGAGGCGGCUAUUUCGCGGCUCAGGGUGCUCGUCCGACCGGACACUCUAGGGGAGUACCGAUGUAUUGGCUGGUUCGGUCCCCUGGUGGUCACCUCCACCACGGCCCGACUGGAGAUGGCCAGCACUAGCCUAGUGGGCCCAAAGGAAUCGGUUUCACCCCUCCAAUGGCGGGUCGCUGCAGGGAAUUCGGUGCUCUGGCCCUGCGGUCAGCAGGUGCAAUCCAAUCCAUCUGCCACUUGGUCUUACUACCGGAAUGGAGUGGAAAUUAAAGCCGAAUUCCCCGGAACUAGUGGAAAUGUCUUUCUGACCAAUGUAUCCUCCGAGUCCUCAGGCAGCUAUUCUUGUCAGGCCACGAACCCUGCCUCUGGCGAAAGAAUCCAGCCGUCCGCAUCGCUGCACCUGCAGGUUACUUCAACCCAGAGGUCGCAAAGCAAUUCCCCACAUUGGCUCAAGGGCCAGCCCAACUCCCAAACAAUAACGGCCCGAGAAGGAAGCUCGCUCCUGCUGAUGUGCCCUGGGGUUGGCUCACCGCCACCCACUGUUGUCUGGAGCAGUCCCGAUGUACUGGGAGCUGUUAAAAACAGGCGUUCAAAAGUAUUUGACCAUGCUUUGGAGAUAUCAGACAUCCAAGUUCAGGAUGCAGGCACCUAUAUCUGUUUCCAGGACAAUGGAGUGCGUCCCGCGCUGGAGCACUAUAUACAAGUGCGCGUACAGCGUCCGCCGCAAAUUGUGCGACCACCUUCGGCGAAUCUUACCAACGAGGGUGAACGGUUGCAGCUGGAGUGCGAAGCCACGGGAGUCCCUACGCCAGAGAUCUACUGGCUCCUGAACGGACACAGCAGCACAGAUGAUACGGAGGCUGAACUGUCCAAUAAUAUUCUGAUACUGCACAGUGUCCUGAAGCGUCAUGCCGGCUAUGUGCAGUGUUUUGCCCGAAAUAGUCUGGGAGAGCACAGUGCGGGAACCCUGCUACAAGUUAAUCCCAAGCAGAUCCAAGAGCCGAGAGAAUCGGGAGGAAUCCACCGACCGAAGCCUAACCAGGGGCCCAAGCAGAAGCAGAUGUUUCCACCAUCUCCCCCAAAUGUUACCCGACUGACCGAUGAAUCCGUGAUGCUCCGCUGGAUGGUGCCUCGCAACGACGGAUGGCCUAUUGUCAUCUUUAAGGUGCAGUACCGCAUGAUGGGAAAGAGCAAGAACUGGCAGACCACCAACGAUAAUAUACCCUACGGAAAACCCAAAUGGAACUCGGAGAUGGGCAAAAGUUUUACCGCCUCGGUGACAGACUUGAAGCCCCAGCACACCUAUCGUUUUCGCAUUCUAGCUGUCUACUCCAACAACGAUAACAAGGAAAGCAAUAAAUCAGCCAAGUUUUACCUCCAGCCAGGAGCAGCACUUGAUCCAAUGCCAGUGCCGGAGCUAUUGGAGAUCGAGGAACAUUCGGAAACAGCAGUGGUACUGCACUGGAGUUUGGCCAGCGAUGCGGAUGAAGAUCUGAUCACAGGAUACUACGCUUACUAUCGCCCCUCGUCCUCAGCGGGCGAAUAUUUCAAGGCCACCAUUGAGGGAGCCCAAGCGAGGAGCUUUAAAAUCGCGCCCCUGGAAACGGCCACCAUCUACGAGUUCAAGCUGCAGUCCUUUAGCGCCGUCUCCGCUUCCGAAUUCAGUGCCCUCAAGCAGGGACGCACACAGCGUCCCAAGACCAGCACCACCGAGGAGCCAAUCCAACCAAUGGGUGACCGAGAUACGACCACGCCCAGUCACAACGAGACGUUCAGCAUGAGUCCCAUGCUGACAGGUACAAUUUGUGGCGGAGCAGUCCUUAUCCUACUUUUAGUCAGCACUUGCUUGUGCGUAUGCCGGCGAAAGAGUUCUCGAGGCAGGGGAAACAAUCAAAACAAGCCGAGAAUGGCGGAUCUACGGGAAGAUUUCGUGCCACUGGGAAACUGCUCGCCCUCUAAGCAGCGCCAGCGAACCCGUCACAUACAUAUCACCCUCAAUCCGCUGGCUCAACAGCAGCAGCAGGCGAUGGAGGAGAAGAACGACAGCGAACAGGAUGUGGCUUACUACCAGCGACAGUCCAGCUACGACUACGAUCCCGGCCUGCGGAGGAUGUCCUCUUCCUCGCUGCGUCGCUCACAACGCACGCUGGAACGUGCCGGCGGCAGUAAUGGCUCUAACAAUGGAAACAAUAACAAUCUAAAUCAAUCCUCAGAGGUAGGUCCAGUCGAAAAUCCCGGUAAGCCGGGUCGUGUACUAAAGAAGCGUCCCCGGUUGUCCAGUCGCUCCGAGAACCUUUCUUCCGGCAGCCUUAACAGCGUGGGCGUGUAAUCGCAAUCUCGUGAUCUUUAGUCUGUACAUCCUUAAGGCCGAUGUAUCAUGCUAUUCCUCUACCUCUGUUUUAUCUACCAUUUUGAAUGACAAAACCCUUACUGUUUGUACUUAUACGAAUACCACAUAGAGUUAAGGUACUUAAAUAGACAUCACUAGAUUUAUGCAUGCAUGAUCGUUUAAGAACAUAGCAUUAUGUCCAUUCUAUGGUAAGUCUUCCAAGUUUCGCGAUAAGAUCCCAAUCUGUACUGAUAGCUUCUUAAUGACCUUUACAAAAAUGACAAUAAAGCUUGUAGCUUCAUCUUUUUACCUUA